AUGCCGCGCGGGCGCGGGCGCCUGCGAACGCCCACCGUAUGCCUCUUGGCGGCCCUGGCCGCAUGGGGCAGCUGGCGCGCGGCGUCCUCCCAACAGUUUGUGCCGAUCUCAGCAAGAGCGCCGGCACAAGAGCUUCUGGUGCAAACCGGCCGGCCUGGUGGCUCAGAGAGCUGGACCAAAGCCGCCGUCGCCACACUGCUGGCGGUGCCCACGGCGGCCGUGGCAGAGGAUGGUGGUGAUUGGUUCGACCCCUUUGUCAGCUUGAAUGCCAACAUCAUCGAGGCCAUCGACAGUGUGAUUGGAUCUGCUGGUGCAGCAGUCAUCCUGUACACCAUCUUUAUCAAGGUUGUAACAUUUCCGCUGCAGCAGCCGGCGUUGCGAACGACUGCAAUGCUACAGAUGCUGACGCCACAGUUGGACGAGAUCAAUCGGCAAUAUGCCGAUGACGAGGACAAGAAGGGCAAGCUGCUACGGGAGCUCUAUGCCAAGGUCGGGCUCAACCCAUUCCUCUCGCUGGUUCCGAUUCUGUUCCAAAUUCCGCUUUUCGUGGCGCUCUUCCGCGCCAUCGGGCGCCUGGCCGACCAGGACGACCACUUCAAGGAGCCAUUUCUCUGGAUUCCCAGCCUAGCUGGCCCUGUGAGUCAGGGGAAGCCCAGUUUGGAUUGGCUUCUGAAGACCCGCUCCAGCGAGGCUUUUGAGCCACUGGUGGGUUGGCAGGAUGCCGCGAUGUACUGCGUGCUGCCCUUGUUGGUCUUUGUGGCCCAGUUCCUCUCGUCAAGGCUGUCCUCGUCCUCAUCGGAGAACUCCACAAAUGGUGUCCUCUUCCCGCUUUUCAUCGGCAUCUCGACCCUCGUGUCUCCUUCGGGCGUCGGUGUGUACUGGCUCACCAACACGGUGCUGACCACUGCGCAGAUGAAGGUGACCCAAGACGAAGUUGCCGAGGAGUUCCCAGAGUACAAGAAAAUCAAGGACGAAGUUGACGCCAAGGAG